UGAAAAUUUUCACUCGCCGAUCUGAAAACGUUGAUGAUUAGUGUUCUGAGCUCAUUACUUGAAUUAGAUCAGUCAAGUCUGUGUAUUUUAAUGCUAGCUAAACAGUUCUAGAUAGCCGGCAUUUAUCAUUAGAUGUAAUACAAAAAUUGUUCAGCAGUUCUGCACUGAAAAAGCAGCAAUUGGUAAAUUUAAACCACUUCACUCAAAUUACUAUUUUGGAAUUGGAUAUUAUGCGGUUUCGAAAGAGUAAAUGUAAAAGCAAUUCUGUCUCUAUAGUUGUCUCAGAACUUGUAAUACAGUCAACCCCGCUUAAUUGGACCACAUCAGGACCAAGCCAAACUGAACCGAUUAAGCCGGGUUGACAGUAUUACCUUUUUAGUAAUUAAAGUAUGAAGUUUUAUUCUUUAAUUACAGAAUGUUAAGUAAAUAUGAAACUGCUAAUACAUUUGGUAAAACUGGCGCCCCCCACAUUUGCAAGAGAAUGUUGUGCAUGCUUUAGUACUUCUUCUAUUCAUGCCAAGAUGCAAAUUUCUCCUAAGAAAACCAACUACGACCUACAAUACCUGCAUAACUUGAAUAAAGACCAGCUGGUAUACAGAAUUCUGAGACUCCAGCGGUUGGUUGAUAGCUACCAUUACACCUCUAGCCCUGUAAAUGUGGACGGAAGAGACAAGGUACGAGUUGAACAUCCUAACCCAGAUGAAAUAGUUUCUCAUUUAACAAGUGUGCGUAGAAUUGCGCUCAAAGUUUUGUAUCUUGGUUGGGAUUAUGUUGGUUAUGCAUUCACCAAGUCUUCACUUGCCUUCAGCAAACCUGAGUCAAUUUCAAAUGUGGUGGAACGUGUUCUGUUGGAAGCCUUACUAAGGCAGCAACUGAUAACUGGGGUUGGCUCCGUAUUAAACUUUGACAGAGCUGGUCGAACUGAUCGGCAAGUUAGCGGUUUAUCUCAAGUGGUUUCUGUCAAUGUUAGAAGCAAUUUAAAUAAAGGCCAUGGUGUAUGGUAUCCUAAGGUGGAGGGAAGUGACAACGUUGGAAACACAAAACCCGAAACUGAAUAUUUUGAAGAUGGAUUCCCAGUAAGCGACACCACCCUUGAUGACGGUGAACUUCCUUAUGUUUCAUUAUUAAACCAAGCAUUACCACCAGAUAUUCGAAUUCUUGCUUGGUCACCUGUCAAAAAAACAUUUAGUCCACGCUAUCAGUGUCGGUCACGAACAUACAGAUAUGCAUUCGUACGUGGUAGUAUGGAUAUUGAACUAAUGAAUGAAGCAGCUCAGAAGUUUGUUGGUCGUCAUGAUAUGAGAAACUUCUGUAAGGUCUCAUCAGAGAAUGCAUACAGGACCUAUGUUCGAACGAUAAACUCUAUCAAAGUAGAAGAGUUUAACCAAACCAAUUUACCGGAAUGUGACAUUUGUGUUGCUACGAUAUCUGCUGAAAGUUAUGUCUAUAAACAGAUCCGACGUAUGAUGUCUAUACUUGGUAGGAUCGGAUCAGGGGAAAUCCCACCUUCUACUAUAGAUGAAAUGCUGGAUGUUGAAAAGAACCCGAAAAAACCUUCGUUCAAAAGCUGGACGCCACUUAAUUUAACUUUGAUUGAUGCUGAAUUUGACGAAGAAGAUGUUCACUGGCGCUGGGGAGAAGAAGCUUUAGCUGACACUUCUACAAUGCUUGCCAACGCAUACAGCAAACAUGCCGGACAAGCUGAAGUAGCUCGAUACAUGUAUGAGCGUGUGGUAUCUCAGAUUCAGGACCCAGGGUAUAGACUUGGAGCUGUGACUACCUUGAAUGAAAGUUGUUUACCCUCUACUAUUGGUGAUGAUAAUAAGUUCAGUUACUCUGAACAUACUUUAACAAUUGAGGAAAAACAAGAAAGGUAUGCAAAGCAAAAAAUUAAAAACAGAAUGAAGCGAGGUCAGUACCAGUAUGCUGCUACACUGCAUGCGCAAAAUAAAAGAAAGUAAAAAAACUGUUGAUAAAGAAGAUGUUUCAGUUUAGUCUCGUCAAUGUUGAAAGCAAUUUAUUUGUUCUGUAUUAACUGAUAUUUUUUCUGUGUUUUUUUUUUUAAUUUUUAAUACACAUCCAAAAUGAAAACAUUUGUUUGAAA